AUGCCAUUAUCGUGGACAAUACGGACUCCUCGACGCGACUAUCACCUCGAUUUCUUCGCCGUUCCUCUCGAGGAACCGCCAUACCGUCUCACCAUGGAUUCCAGCGGAUUGGCGAGCAUUCUUUCGAACGCGUUCCAAUUCAAGAGACUGGAAUUUGACCUGCCAUAUUCAACAUGUCAUCUCCUCUCGGGAAAGAGUUUAACUCUCUUGCGCUCCUUUUCUGGACGAUUAUAUCCAGAGGACCUGUCUAAUAUGCUGGACAACGCGCCUAUACUUUCCGAGCUGGAAGUUGCUACAUUUCCGGGCCAGCUUCGGAUCGAAUCAACCACGCUCACAAAACUGAAAAUAUAUGGUCUGCUGGCGCCUGAAACGUUUCUCUCAAUCCUUCGUCACUGCCCAAAUUUAACCCACUUGCUAUGUGUGGUCCCAGGGUGUGCGCGAGGCUGUGUUCUGGCCCAUCAUCUAAUAACAACUCACGAAAAUCUCCGUGCCCUAGAAAUUCGGGGGCCUAAUCAAGAACCGAAUUUUCUGACCCAUCUGAGAUUGCCCAACCUUGUUGCACUCAACACACACCAUAAUCCCACUGAGCUGCGUCCUUUUCUCGAGUCACAUCCUUGGCAAAACCAUAUCCUUGAACUUUCCACGAGAGUCACUGUAUCUGAUCAUGCUGGGCAGGCACUUCAAAAAGACUUGCAACGGGUCCCCCACGUGGAAGCUUUGAAGCUCUAUAUCACCAGUGGCGUGCUAACUCCAACUUUUGUUGCUCUUGGUUCUGACGAGACCCUUCCACUACUGCGUCGACUGGAAGUGGUGUUCAUUGGCCAAUACUGUCACGACCUCGACUACAAUCGUAUCCUCGAGACACUUGACCACAGGACUGGGACUUUGCACACCUUCCGGUUGGUCCUUCAAGUGCCUUCGCAAUCCAAUGUGUAUGCUCCACUCGUGUGGCGACCUCGGAAGUGGGCAGCCACCGGCUUUGAGCGUUUGAUGCAAGAUGGGAUGUCAUUCAGGAUUUGCUACGAGGCUUCCGAUACUGGGAAAAUGACGACAUGGCCAGAUUAUGAAGUGGAUCCGGGAGAAAAUUUUGAGUUGUCGCUAGAUUGA